AUGACAGCGGGUGCGGACACCGACGCCUCCCGUCUCGUGCCUAAUAGCAAAGUCAAUGAGUCGACGGCAGGGAAACGGAUCUCAAGUGAUGUCUUGAAUAAGAAGUUGACUGAGAAGGAGAUUGUGGAUCAGUGCAGCGCAUUCCUCAUCGGCGGCUUAACCUCCCAGUUGUCUACUCUGUCGUACUGUACGUACGAAUUGGCCGUCAAUUCCGACAUUCAGGACCGGUUGGUGGCGGAGACCAGAGAGGCGUUCAAUGAACACAACGGAGACAUAGACUACGACACCCUUUGCGGACUCCCACUCCUGGACGCCGUUAUAUCGGAAACUCUGCGCAAAUAUCCGGCAGACGUGCGGCUGAAGAGAGUGGCGGAGGAGGACGUAGUGCUGAGCGCUGGUAGUGGCGACGGAUCGACGCUUCGCAUCGAAAAGGGAGUAAUGGUUGAGAUCCCGGUGUAUGCCAUACAACACGACCCGGACUACUAUCCCGACCCGUUUGCCUUCAGACCCGACCGAUUUAUGCGCCCAAAUGUUGCUAACAUCACACCCUAUACACACUUCCCAUUCGGGUCGGGACCCCGUCAGUGCGUUGCUAUGCGUUUUGCAUUGGUUCAGGUGAAACUACUGGUGGCCAAAAUGUUACAACAAUUCCGCUUUUAUGCGGUGCCCGACACCGAUAUACCCCUUGUUUUCAUUCCACAUCCCUUUCAAUUAAAAGCCAAGCGAAUUGUGGUGGGUGUUAAAAAUCGUUAG